UUCCCGGAUAAUCGAUAACCUUUCAUGUGACGCUUGGUCAUCCGACUCGGAUUAAUCAGAUUUCUAGUGCAUUUAACGUGCAAAUCAACAUUAAUUUUGACGAUGGCUCCCAGCUGGCCGCGUCCCGCACUCCAGCACGCACAUGCAAACAGGUUGGGUGACGAGCGGAGGAGGGUGUCGAAGGAACUUCGAGUGUGGAGGGAAGACGCAAUUCGGAUGACACAUGCGGCGGCCCCGAUCAAGUUCGUCGCAGUAAAUAGACGGGCCGACCUAACCGAGUCCCUUGGUAGCUCGACCUUUCUGUGUUGUGGCUCAGUUUAUUUACAGCUUUGGCUUGGUGAGCUAAAUUUGACCUAUCUCGAGUUGUUUGAUGGUUACGAAAUGCACACCAUCGACUCCGACGAUAGCAAGGCGGUUCAAAUGGACAGACAGAGCGACGAGCUAACAGUACGCGGUCCCGUGAAUUUCGUCACGAUGCGGUAGGAACGUCUUGCAGCUUUUGUCGUUCGUAACACAUCGGGGACUAGAGCGAUGGAGCA